AUGGAAGACCCUGAACGCGUAGCAUCCCGGCUGUGGCGCGUGUACCGGACCACUAAGGAAAUGGUGCGAGACCGCGGGUACCUGAUUUUACAGAAAGAAAUCGACAUUACACUGGACGAGUUUCGAGCACAGUUCUGCGACUCGAUGGGCAACGUGACGCGCAAAAUGAUGUCGUACCAAGCCACUCCUACAGAUGAAACUCUUGCCAAGUUUCCGACCCUGGGCACAUUAUGGGUCGAGUUUUGUGAUGAGGCCACAGUUGGCGUGCGUACCAUGGACAAUCUGUGCUUGCAUGUGCUGGAAAAAAACUUCCAAACCGCCAUCUUUGUCUAUCAAACGUCACUGUCGCCAGGUGCUGUCCGCAAAAUCUCAUCGGUCGAACCGGCCUCCAUUGAUACCUUUCAGGAAAAUGACCUGGUUGUUAAUAUUACCCACCAUGUCUUGGUCCCUAAACACCUUGUCCUUUCAGCCGACGAGAAAAAGGAGCUCCUCACGCGCUAUAAGCUCAAGGAGUCGCAGCUCCCGCGCGUUCAGCGUGAAGACCCCAUUGCUCGUUACUUAGGCCUCAAGCGUGGCCAGGUCGUCAAAAUUAUCCGUCUCAGUCCUACAGCCGGUCGUUAUGCCAGUUACCGUAUUUGUUUAUAA